AUGCACCUAACCGUGCUAAUUUCCACGGCUAUCCUCCUGCUAGCAUUCGUUUCCCGCAGCCCUCCUGCCCUCGAUCCCAUUAUGUUCAGAGGUGCGGUCAAGGCCCGGAGACGUGGCUCAAGCCCCCCGCCGGAAAAGCGCAGAAGAAGACCGAUUUCUGUCUACGACUGCGUUGCUGGACGCGUUAACGCCAACGGCUUCAUCCCUGAGAAGGCGCAUAUCUCUAGUGGGCGGAUGACCUCGUCCAGCUCACGAGUCCCUGUCCCGCCGGACGAGUAUCUUUUCAAACAGAGAGACGCGCCACCUCGCUACGAGGAAGACGACAUCUACUUUGCUGAUAGGCAUCUGGCGCCUCACCAGCAGCUGCCGGAUUCUGACCUACUUAAAGCUCUUCACGCACACUCCUCUGAGGUUUACGCCCAAGCCUACGGUAGACAUGCCAAGACUCUCUACAAAUCACUAGACGAGACGGCGCUCCUAACGCUGGGAAUCCUUAUGGAGGAGGCGGCAGCCGACAUUUUCGAUGAGGUUGGUAACAUGAAGCUCGAGAAGCCUGAAGAAAAUGGCCAUGUGAAUGUGGAAAAUGAUUCCUCCAGACCGGAUUCUGGAGGCAAGCGCAAAAGGGAUCAGACGUCUGGCAGCGAAGACGAGGAGUCAGACAAUGGGGCCUAUCACGAUGUCAGGAGGCACUGGCUGCAGGAUGAAAAACAAGAUUAG